UGGCACCCGGGGCUGGAGUCGUGCAGGUAGGUCGGAGCGUAACGCCCCCCGCUUACGGAGGAGGAGCCAAGACGACCGAAGUGGUGGAGGAGGAGGACCCGGAAUUUUUCAAAAAGAAAGUAAUUGCAGAGUUUCCAGUUGACCAACAUUCAUAGGAUCCUGGUGAAGAACCAGACGGAAUCCAGUGAAAACCAGUACCGUGAGUUUAAAGAGCCUGCCAUGGCCACCAUCUAGGAGCUUGACUAAAUCCAGGUUUCCAGACUAUGACUAAGUUUGGAAAUGGUGUUUGUUAUUUGAAAGUCACUGUACUGACAAGAUCUGAAAGGAUUGAAUGAAGACAAACACAGAGAUGGUGUGUCUAAGAAAUUUCAAAAGGUGUAGACCUCCUGAUUGAAGCAUAUUCAACUUAUUUAAUUUACUUUUUUUUAUUAUAUUUCUGUACUUCUACAAGCAAACGUCAUGAUUACACUAACAGAGCUAAAAUGUUUAGCAGACGCCCAGUCAUCUUAUCACAUCUUAAAACCAUGGUGGGAUGUCUUCUGGUAUUACAUCACCCUGAUCAUGCUGCUGGUGGCUGUGCUGGCUGGAGCGCUCCAGCUCACGCAGAGCAGAGUUCUUUGCUGUCUUCCAUGUAAGGUGGAAUUCGACAAUCACUGCGCCGUGCCUUGGGACAUCCUGAGAGCCAGUAUGAACAUGUCCUCUGACCGUGCAGCCCCGCUCCCGCUCCCCCUCAGGAUCCAGAAUGACCUUCACCGGCAGCAGUACUCCUACAUCGAUGCCGUCUGUUACGAGAAACAGCUCCAUUGGUUCGCCAAGUUCUUCCCUUACCUGGUGCUCUUGCACACACUCAUCUUUGCAGCCUGCAGCAACUUUUGGCUUCACUAUCCCAGUACCAGUUCCAGGCUUGAGCAUUUUGUGGCCAUCCUUCACAAGUGCUUUGAUUCUCCAUGGACUACCCGCGCCCUAUCGGAAACGGUGGCCGAGCAGUCCGUCAGGCCGCUGACAUUCUCCAAGUCCAAGGUUUUGCUUUCGUCCUCAGGGUGUUCAGCCGAUGUUGAUUCCAACAAGCAGUCACUGCCCUACCCACAGCCGGGCUUGGAGUCAGCUGGCAUUGAAAGCCCAACCUCCAGUGUCCUAGACAAGAAGGAGGGGGAACAGGCCAAAGCCAUCUUUGAAAAAGUGAAAAGGUUCCGCAUGCACGUGGAACAGAAGGAUAUCAUUUAUAGGGUGUAUUUGAAGCAGAUAAUAGUCAAGGUCAUUUUGUUUGCCAUCAUCAUAACUUAUGUUCCAUAUUUUUUAACCUAUAUCACUCUUGAAAUUGACUGUUCCAUCGAUGUGCAGGCUUUUACAGGAUAUAAGCGCUACCAGUGUGUCUACUCCUUGGCAGAAAUAUUUAAAGUCCUGGCUUCAUUUUAUGUCAUUUUGGUAAUACUUUACGGUCUUACCUCCUCAUACAGCUUGUGGUGGAUGCUGAGGAGUUCCCUGAAACAAUAUUCCUUUGAGGCAUUAAGAGAAAAAAGCAACUACAGUGAUAUCCCUGACGUUAAGAAUGACUUUGCCUUCAUCCUUCAUUUGGCUGAUCAGUAUGAUCCUCUUUAUUCCAAACGCUUCUCCAUAUUCCUGUCGGAGGUCAGUGAGAACAAACUAAAACAGAUCAACCUCAACAAUGAAUGGACGGUUGAGAAACUGAAAAGUAAGCUUGUGAGAAAUUCCCAGGACAAGGUAGAACUGCGUCUUUUCAUGCUCAACGGUCUUCCAGACAAUGUCUUUGAGCUCACUGAAAUAGAAGUGCUAAGCCUGGAGCUUAUCCCUGAGGUCAAGCUGCCCUCCACAGUCUCUCAGCUGGUCAACCUCAAGGAGCUUCAUGUGUACCACUCCUCUCUGGUGGUAGACCAUCCUGCACUGGCCUUUCUAGAGGAGAAUUUAAAAAUCCUACGCCUGAAAUUUACUGAGAUGGGAAAAAUUCCACGCUGGGUAUUUCACCUGAAGAAUCUCAAGGAACUUUAUCUGUCAGGCUGUGUCCUACCUGAACACUUGAGCACCGUGCAGAUGGAGGGUUUUCAGGACUUAAAAAACCUGAGGACUCUCUAUUUGAAGAGCAGCCUCUCCCGGAUCCCACAAGUUGUGACAGACCUCCUGCCCUCACUGCAGAAGUUGUCCCUAGAUAAUGAGGGAAGCAAACUGGUUGUGUUGAACAACUUGAAAAAGAUGGUCAAUCUGAAAAGCCUAGAGCUGAUCAGCUGUGACCUGGAACGCAUUCCACACUCCAUUUUCAGCCUGAACAAUUUGCAUGAGUUAGACCUAAAAGAAAAUAACCUGAAAACUGUGGAGGAGAUCAUUAGCUUUCAGCAUCUCCAGAAUCUUUCCUGCUUAAAGUUGUGGCACAAUAACAUUGCUUAUAUUCCUGCCCAGAUUGGGGCAUUAUCUAACCUAGAGCAGCUCUCUUUGGACCAUAAUAAUAUUGAGAAUCUUCCCCUGCAGCUUUUCCUAUGCACCAAACUAUAUUAUUUGGAUCUAAGCUAUAACCACCUGACCUUCAUUCCUGAAGAAAUCCAGUAUCUGAGUAAUUUGCAGUACUUUGCUGUGACCAACAACAACAUUGAGAUGCUACCCGAUGGACUGUUUCAGUGCAAAAAGCUGCAGUGUUUACUGUUGGGGAAAAACAGCCUCAUAAGUUUGUCCCCUCACGUGGGUGAGCUGUCGAACCUUAUUCAUCUGGAGCUCAUUGGUAACUACCUGGAAACACUUCCUCCUGAGCUGGAAGGCUGUCAGUCCUUGAAACGGAGCUGUCUGAUUGUCGAGGAGAAAUUGCUCAACACUCUUCCACUCCCUGUAACAGAACGUUUGCAGACAUGCUUAGAUAAAUGUUGACCUAGAAAGAAGAGACCCUAUGUCUCAAAAUCAUUUUUUAAAAUAUACCUCCAGAGGUUUAAAUGAGAAGUAAAAUUUUCCAAAUUGUAAGAUGAAACGUGUAUGACUAACCAUAACCAAAUGUCUUACUAAAGCAACUCAGUGUCUAGGCCUAAAUUAAACAGGUAAAAAGUGUUACCACUGAACUGAAGUUUUGUGAAUAGCUGAUCAUUAACUAAUUGAGGUGUUGCAAGAAGGACAGGUCAAGGGUGGAAUGGGGGGCAUGAAAUUAUUGAACCCCUACCUUGCAGUUUUUGCACUGAAGGUUGUAUGGGUGUUCUUUUCCUCUCCCUCCCCUAAUGCAUUACUUAUUUGCACACUUGUUAUAACUGACUUCCUAUUCUGAUAUUUAUGACCAAGAUCAUAAAAACAUCCAUAUUAAAUUUCUGUGAUACAUACUCGUUGCUGCCUUUGAUUAAUGUUCUUAAUUUUUUUUUUUUUUUUAAGGCAGGGUGCAUUGUGUUUGGCAGAAUUCCUUCUUGGCAUAAUUUUCGCUUCCUUUCCCAGCUUGCUUGACUUUUUCUUAAUCUGGUUUUCUCUUAACAACAGUAAUGAUCCCUGAGAAAAUUCUUGCCUUUGGCCUUUGCAUAGAACAAGAGCAGGGUACUUAGGAGACUUAACCUUGGGGGCAUCCUGAAAAUUAAUGUAUUCUCUAAAAUUUCUUCUCGUCUAUCAUCAAAGCCUUUUUUAUUUGCUAAAAUUUUUUAUAUUAAAUAUAAAACAUAUAAAUAUUUUCUACUGUAGAAUCUUGGAUUGAACAUCUGUGAGAAUAAUUUUCUUAAGGUACGGAGAACAUAUGCAUUUCUUUAAGAACAUACUUGCAGACGUCCUUGGUUUUGGCUGCUUGUGAUUCUCAUGUUGCUGUGCGGUCAGCUCCAAAAUGCUUUUCUACCCUGCAGCUGGUCACAUCUGGUUAGCAAAGGCCUUGUAUUCCCUGCCCAGAACUAUCCGGGGCUUUCCUCCUGAGAAGAUGGCCCAUCGUUUGCCUCUCUUCCCUAGUUGUUGCACUAUCGUACGGGUACAAUCCUUAGUUACUUACACCGACUCAGACGGAGGGCAGAUACAGGUUUGGAUUUUUUUUAAUUGAUUUUAAAACACUUUGUGGACAUUUAAUAAGAGUUAAAGCACAAUACUUCUUUUUCCUCCAUCCGCAUGAUCUCUAGAUAUGAUUAUAAUGUAAAACACUCAGCCUCUAUUCAGUAGCUAAGAUGAGUUCUCAAAGCUCACAAAGAAUUAGAUCCAUUUAACACUGAAAUUUAUCUCAUGCCUUUGUCUAACUCUUCUGGAAUACAUUUUGCUCCCUUUCCUAAACAGUGUUGUGUUUGGCCUUUUAUUAUCAUGCCUAUUGUAAAAUGAAUAAAAUGGACCGACUCAUUUUUGGAAAAUGCACAUUUUUAAUGUGUUUUUCUCUUGUGGAUCUAGACAUUAUGAUGCCACCUCAUUUUUGGAUGUAACUAUGAAGCAACCUGUUAGUUGCACCUCAACAAAACUGGAAAACACUAUGGGUAGAGUACUGAGGAGCCCUGGUGGCUCAGUGGUUAAGUGCUCAGCUGCUAACAGAAAGGUCAGCGGUUCAAACCCACUGGCUGCUCCUUGGAAGAAAGAUGUGGCAAUCUGCUUCUGUAAAUAUUUGCAGCCUUGGAAACCCUCGGAGGGCAGUUCUACUCUGUCCUAUAGGGUUGCUGUGAGUUUUAAUCCAGUGGAAGGCAAUAGGUUUGUUUUUUUGUUUUUGUUUUUCUUUUAAAGCGUACUAUAAGCAUGGAAUCGUGGUGCAUGGUGAAUAUAUUAUUUUUACUUUGUUCCUGAAGGAUGAAAGUGAACAUUUAAGUUAUGGCAAAAUGUAGCUUCCUUCACCUGCCGUACUUCCCAUACUGAAGUUCAGAGAAAAGAAUUGUUCGUUCAUAUCAAAUUAAAAUUUGAAUAAUAUUAGCUGUAAAGAAUAUAGAACACCAAAAGCAGCCUAACACCUGAAUAUUUAUUCUGAAUGGGAGGAAACCAGUUUAAAAUUUUAAUCCUUACCAAAACUUGCCUUUAGUCAGAACAUUCAAGUUCUCAGGGACCCAGGCAUAACUGAUGAAACUUUCUUCCAGGACUUCAGAAAACAGAUUUUGACUAUAUCCAGGGUUUUUUUGUGUUUCCAUUUUUUUUCAUGAGUUGAUGGUCGUUUUAUUGUUCCUGUUUGUUUCACAAUAGAAUUGUCAUGUGUUCUGGUUCCAACGUUGGAUAGCAUUAUCUUAAGUUUUGGAUGUGAAUGUGAUACAUGGUGAGGUGUUUAAUUUUUUUUUUUUUUUUAACAAUAAUUAACCAUUACAUGUGAGAAAAAAUCCCACCUUCUCCUAUAAGGAAGGAGCCCUGGUGGUGCAGUGGUUAAGAGCUCAGCUCUAAACCAAAAGGUGAGCAGUUCAAAUCCACCAGCCACUCCUUGGAAACCCUAUGGGGCAAUUCUACUCUGUCCUGUAGGGUUGCCAUGAGUCGGAAUCGACUCAGCUGCAACAGUUUUGGUUUUGACCUAUAAGGAAGAGUUUUCAAAACACGAAAUUCAAAUUUGCUGUCAUUCACCUGACAAACUAGAACUCCAUGACUACGUUCAAUUGCAAAAAUCAUUGGCUAAGUCUUCCUUACCACCUCUCUAAGUUUCAGGAAGCAGGUUAUUAGCAGGAUCACUCAUGAAUAUUGUAAACUGCUUCCCACACACUAGGAUAUAGUUACUGGUGCAACUGUUAUUCUGAUGCCAUAGUUAAUUUAUAAAUUUUGUCCUUUUUUAAAAAAUUUUUUUAUCUUAUUGAAAAUUUAAUAAGUGUUUAGGUAGCUUUUGAAAGGAUGUAUCACUGAUUAAAAAAACUCUAGAGACUACCGCUUGACAUACAAAAAUUUGAUGUUAAAACCACCUUUAUUGCAUUUCUGGAGCAUGUCUUUAUUUCAUUUAAGAGAAUUUUAAAUGAAGAAAGUGAAACUUGUUAAAUUAUCAUUAUGAUACUUUAGUUAGCAUUUGUUUCCAAGAACAUAGUGCAUUUUUUCACAAAAUAAGUGUGUUAUUCAGAGCAAAAGUUUAUGGCCUAUGCUAGCAAGAGCAUUGGUUCAUUUCAUUUACACACAAACACAAACAUAACACACCCCCCAUGUAGACAAAAUGUAACAUGCUAGUUUCUGAUAGUUCAGUAUUUUUUUUUUCCAAAGUUGCGGUAGGUAGUAGGUUAAUGCUAAGGAUAUUCAUUCUUUUUUAUUUAUUACUUGUAAUCAUUGAGUGAUCUGUUCCCUUAAUGAUGGCCUUUAAAAAUAAAAGUGAAUGCGCAGUGUCAGUUUGAGAACCUACAUGUUAUGAGCAUUCCUGGUUAAGUUGCAGUGUUUUCUCCUUAACUCCAUCAGGAUACAUCUGUGUGGUACAUAGAUACUAUAUUUCCAUCCUUCAUCCUUAGUCUUAACCUUUCGCCCCUGGGUUUCACCAUAUUUCAUCGUCACUUAAAAAAUGUUUAUGUUAACAGGGUAAAAAUAGAGACCUCGGGUCCCCACACUGUGGCACAGCACUGCUGUGAGUGCUGGGGUGAGCUGCAGUGAUUUAUGUGCAUACGUUACUGUUUGAUGGUGAAAAUAUUUGUUUCUGUUCAAGUGUUUCAUGAUUCAGAUUUUGUAUGUUUAAUUAAAAUAUUGCAUAAUCUUGAUUGGUUCAGAAACCAUUAAAAUGAUCAAACAGUUUUUCUAUGAAUUUAUAGUUUUAUUUUCCUGUUUUCAAUAAGAUUUUCUUUCCAAGUUUACAUCUCUUAGCAUGGGCCUACUCACAUAAGAUACUCUGUUUUCCUUCACUCACCCACUCUAUAAAUUACUUUGACUAGUGCUUGUGUAGUAACAGAAUGUAUUUGUGCUAAAGGACUUGCAGUGAAAUUGAGAAUGUGUUUGUUUGGGGAAAAGCCAGAUAGCCUAUACUUAUGCCAGACUGAGAGUUCUACUUUACCCAUCCCCGCGGUGUCUAGAACUGAUCCUCACUCCCUACCAGAGGUAUGAGAACAUAACUGUAGGUCCACUUUGUUUUCAGCAACUCCACGUUACAUUAGAAUCUCUGUUUAUUUCUUUCUGGAGACGACACAAAGGCUGGUGGGGAAGGGAAGGAGUUGUUUUGCAUCCUGGUUUGUAUUAUGAAGACAUUAUGCACACGAAAUAGUAUAAACCAAUAACUGUUGCAAAAGGCCCUGCAUAUAAUUAUUUCUUCUCUUCGGAUCACUGAAAGCGAAAGCAGUGAACAAACCACAGUCCUAUUUAAUUGGUUUCUUCCUGUUUCUUGUCCAUCAUUUCUACAUCUGCUGGGAACUAUCUAAGUACCUUUAGUAAUGGACUGCAUUCUCUUCAACUUUUUUUGAUAUGGAUGAUAUCGUCAGCACUAAAACAUUAACAGAAUAUGCAAGCCAAAAUACUGAAUCCAGAUCGCUUCCCAUGAAAUUUAAUUCAUAUUUAAGUUUUGCGUUUGACUUGUAUAAUACAUUACUUCUGAGAAAAACAGUUACGAAUGCCUUCUGCAUGUUGCAUAUUAUCUCUAACAAAGAUGGUACAAUUUUUAAAAUAUAAAGUAUAGAGCUAGAGUGGAUAUGUUCAUCCAUAUAUGUGUUGCAGAUAAACCUAAAAAUGAAAGCUUAUAAGGAUUUUGAAAAUUCUUCAAGUAUUUCACUCAGUGAAAUAAUGGGCCAAUUAGUUUCUUUUGUUAGCUUCACAGUGAAGUCUAGCAUUUGUUAUUUUAUCUUUGUCACAUAUUUGGAAACAUGUAUACAAUCGAAUUUUGCUUCUGGUAAGACUUAUUAGAAAAUGUAAGAUUUUGUAGUUUUGGCCCUCAGAUUUACCAUGUAAAUCUGCACUUUUGUGGUAAAUCCCUUUGCCUGAGAUUCAGUAGUUUUUGGUAAUUGUUAUUGUUUUUGGUAAUUGUUAUUGUUUUUGAAUUUCCUUUUAUGUAAAAUAAAUAUUCAAUUUUUGUAAUAUAUGGCAAAUUAAAACAGAUUAAAUGUUGGAAGAAGUUGGCUGGACUACUUUUUACCUGUGUUCACUUAUUAGGGUCCAGGCUCCAAAAGUGCUUCCUGUCCUUCUCCCAUGCCACCCCCUAUAGUUGUACCGUUACAUUGUUCCCCAAAUGAUGUGUUUUAGGUUUACGUGUGAGUCUCAAGACAGUAGUAGGAAUUUUCAAAAUAUGCUACAGUGGUCACUAAAAUAGCAAGUACCUGAAAAGACCUGGAUUGAUCCUAGAAUACGCUGUGUAUGUGGGAUCCAAGUAAAAUGAAAUCCUUGACAACAUCAAUCUUUUCUCCAUUUAUCAUGAGGUUGCUUAUUGGUCCAGUUGUGAGGAUUUUUGUUUUCUUUAUAUUGAGGUGUAAUCCAUACCAAAGGCUGUGGUCUUUGAUCUUCAGCAGUAAAUGCUUCAAGUCCUCUUCACUUUCAACAAGCAAAGUUGUGUCAUCUGCAUAACUCGGGUUGUUAAUGAGCCUUCCACCAAUCCUGAUGCCCCAUUCUUCUUCAUAUAGUCCAGCUUCUUGGAUUAUUUGCUCAGCAUAUGGAUUGAAUAGGUAUGAUGAAAGGAUACAACCCUGUCACACACCUUUCCUGACUAAACCACUCAGUAUGCAGGUGAAAUCUGUCCCUUUAGUAAUGGAUCCACCUUUCCAAUAGUGUUCAUCCUUAGGAUUAGUCAGGGGCUGAUAGCCACAAACCAGUUCAUCUCUCUCCUCCCCUUCUAGGCUCUACUUUCUCCAUCCACUAUUAGCUUAGCUCUAUAGGAUAGCUAUGAGUCGGAAUCAACUGAACGGCAAUGGAUUUGGUUUGGUUUUUGUUAACCUGAAAGGUGGAGCAGAUAAAAGCUAAAGAAUAGCAAGACAGAAAAUGCUGAGAAGGUUUAGCAAAGGGAGAAAAAAUUGAGUAGUUGUGUAAAAUAUGAAUGAUAGUUUAUUCUUUUGGGUAGAAGACAUCCCCAAAUCUCUUUCAAACAUACAUAUACACUUUCAGGACCAUUUUAGAAAGUUGAUACCCAGAACUUUUCCCUGCUGGAGAAGGGAACUUAUAUGUACUGGACCAGAUUCUGAGGGAAAGUAACUGCUUUUUGAGUUUUUAAAGGAUGGACUGCAUGUAAGCCAGAUGGCCAGUAUUGUUCAUGGGAAAUAAUGUGAUACUUCUGAGAAAGGCUUUCAAGCCAUCUCUAAGUGCCUUAGGAAAGAAUGGCAAGUGUUUUGAGGAAAUAAACUGGUGCCUGACUUCAGGCAUUAUCAGCCUUUCAGAGACUGCUAUGUGCUCUGAGACACAGGGUCCUGUGCUACUGGUCUGAGGGAGUGAGGAUGGCAGUAACUGUGGCUUCAUGUACUUCAGCAUGGCAUCCAUUCCCACCUUUCAGAAUGGUUUUUGACAAUGCAGUGAAGGGCUGAAAUGUGGAAGACAGAGAGGCCAUGUGUGGUGCCAUCGAGGGAAGGAUUGGAUCCUCUAGAGCUGUGAUGUUUCAGUGGUUUCUGCUCCCUUCUCUGGGCAAUCUUUUCCCACCUCCUGUGAGAUCCAGAACAAAGAAGCUGUUCAUCAAAGGGAACAAAGACAGACCUCGAGCUCAAGCCUCAUGUUUACCUAAGAGCCUAUAUCCACAUGCCAAAGAAGGAUUGAAAGUUCUUUUUAACACAUGUAGUGUGUUUCUGUUUUGUUUUGUUUUAAUAUAAAUCUCUGUCUUCACCCUGUUGUCCCUCUCAUCUUCUAGACUAGAGUCUUUCUACCUCCAAAAUAUCAGUGAUUCUAUAGAACUGCCUGUGGCUACUGAAUAGAUGUUCAAAUUAUUUCUUAUAAUACCUAUACAUUUUUUACACAUG